UGUUGUUGUCACUUGGCUUGUCAAAUAGCUUUGACGUGUUAUAGCAGCUGUCACAAAAUAUUACGAUUUGUUUUCGUAUUUUUCCUAAUAAUGAGUAAGAAAAAGUCGUGCAAAGUGAAGAAUAAAUUGGACUAAGUUUUAUAAUUUAACAGAGGGACAUUAAUUUGAAAACAAAAAUGGUUUUAAUGACAAUGAUCGCCAGGGUCGUUGACGGCCUGCCUUUAGCAGCUACAAUGCAAGAAGAUGAGCAGAGCGGCUGCAAUGUACUGGAGUACCAAAAUCAAGCUAAAAUGCUGUUUAGGAAACUAGGUCCCCAGUCACCAAUUCGCUGCUCCAUAGAAACUGGGCCCUACCUCUUUCACUAUUUAAUAGAGAAUGAGAUCUGUUACCUGGUGCUCUGUGAAAGAAACUACAGUAAAAGACUUGCGUUCAGCUAUUUAGAGGAGAUAGCACAAGAGUUCUACCACCAAUACGGAAAACGAGUGAACACAGUGACGAGGCCGUACACAUUCAUAGAAUUCGACACGUGGAUGCAGCGCACACGCAAGCAGUACGCGGAGGGCGGGGCGCGCGCCCGUCGCUCCGGUGCGACUGCGCAGCUCGGCGGCCAGCUGGGCGACGUGCAGCGUAUCAUGAUGCAGAACAUCGACGACGUGUUGCAGCGCGGCGCUGUACUCUCUGAGUUGGACACAAAGACACAGAACCUGUCUAUGAUGUCACAGAAGUACAAGAAAGACGCCACAUACCUGAACACAAAGUCAAUGCUGGUGAAGGUAACAGCGGGGGCCGUUAUACUGCUGGUGAUUGUACUCUACUUUUGGGUCCUCUAGCUCGAGACUUCCACUUCGCUGUCAACGCAACCAAUAUUGUGAUGAAUGUCUGUUUGUACCUCUCAACACUCUGCUACUAUUUGAUAACAUUAUUGAUGUAAUUGUCAAUGCAAAAGUUUUAGAAAUUAUAUUAUUUUAAGUAAACAACACUUUUAUAAAUAUUUCUAAAUGUGGAACUCAACAAGACAUGAUAUACAAUUUAAAUGUUUUUAUUUCUAUUUACUUAUUUGAAUUUUUUUCUUAAAAUCAGUUAAUUUCUGAGGCACCAGAACUGAGGUAUAUUUUUAAAUGACUGAUUUAUUCCAAAGUAAUCUCCAUUUCACUGUUUUGGCUAAUGUCUGUGGCCGCUGGCUCAUUUAUCACCUUAUGCUAUUAAAAAUAUCUUAAGCAUAUAAAUCUAUGUUUCUUUUCUAACAGUAUUCCGAUUUUUGAUAAGAAAUUCUUUGUAUUUAACUGCUACA